UAGCUAGCAGCUUACAGUCUGACCAGCCAAUCUGAUAGCUCUGUUAUCACCAACAGGACACGCUGUACCAUCUCAGCACUCCGCUACAAGACUACAGGUCUCCUAACUUCUAAAGUCCUUUCUUCCAACAAUUCAAAAUGUUUUCUAUGACUUACGCUGUUGGUUUGACUUUUCCAACUUUCUUCUGAUUUUAUUUUCCCAAGAGGCUGAUCAGCCUCCUCCCACAGUCACAUCCCAGCACACUGCUUUGGUGCUGCAGGGAAAAGUGCACUUCGAAAGGAGCGCUGACUUUUUCCUUGUUUACAGAGGGGUUUAUAAACUGCUUGAAAAAGUCACAUGUAUGUUUUGGAUCUACUCUAACCUGACAGGAGCCAUACUACAAGUACAACAACAAGCAAUUGAGGUGGCCACCCUGUUUUGAUAUGAACUCUUUGUCCCUUCUGCACUCCAAUGCAGUACUCAGCCAGACCUACCCAGACAUCUACUUGGUUGGUUUUAGCACAGCUAAAAGCACUCCUUACACGGACACUUCCUUAGGAAGAACCAUUUUGCACUUUUUACCCAGUGACCGACAAAGAUUAAUAUUCUUACAGCACAGAUUACAGAACUGAGUUAGCGAUCCAGAACGCAAGGAAGGUAAUAGUUCUUAACUGGCUGCUGGAAUGGACCAAGGUGUUGGCUUGUGCCUCCUUCCUUUAUGCAAUGUGAAAGCUGCUCCUUGCCAUGCAAUGGCCGACACUGCCGGUCUGACGAAACAUGAUCAUUUUUAGGAAGACUUCCCUUUCAACCCUGGUUUUGAGUCUAUAAAAAGGAGCACUGUGGUAGGCAUGACAAAAAACCCAUGGAAGUACAGAAAUGAUCGCCGCUCACACACAGCCACCCGCACUACAGGCUCUGGGCAGGCAGAAUCUCCCUGGGUCCCGUGCUGGAAAGCAUCCAACUGGGUGUUAUUUUUUUAGAGGGGCGCUGCUCCUCAUUAUCUCUACUUCAGAGCCAUUUGUGUUGAUUCCAGGGAGUAACACAAAGGCUGGGAACACCCCGUAUGGGACGGCAACAGGCACUGCUGCGUGACGGCGUGCAAAGGACGCAGAGGAGGGCAGAGCACCAACAGGUCUGACAGCACCCGGACUGCACACCUCUGCUGGGACGGCUCUGCUGCUCCUUACGUACCGUGGGAGGUCUCCUGAAAAGCCUUUCUGAUCUCCUUCAGAAGCUCCUCUGCUACAGCUGGGACGACGAGGAGGAGGACGGCGAGGAUGCCAUUAUCCUCCUGCUGAAGAAAGCCAAGCUCAGCGUCAUGAAGGGCGAACUGGGUGAAGCCGAGCGGCUGCUGCACCAAGCGCUGCGCCUGGCGCACCAGGCCGACAACAGGAGGGCCGUCAUCUACACCUACAGCCUGAUGGCAAACGUGGCCUUCAUGCAGGGACAGCUGGACAACGCAGAAAAGCUCUACAAAGCAACGAUGAGCUCCAUGCUUGCAGGAGACACGAAGGAGGAUGACAAUGCAAUCCUUGAGAUGUCCCUCAAGCUGGCCAGUAUCUAUGCUGCUCAGAAACAGCACAAACUAGCCCUGGCUGGAUAUGAGUUCUGCAUCCUGACCUUAGAGGAGAAGAUUGCCAAGGAAAAGGACUUGCCUGAGGAUGUCUUACCAGCUGAAGAAAAAGCCAACACUCGUCUCUUGCUGGGGAUGAGCCUGGACUCCUAUGCUCGCUAUCUGCUAGACAUUAACCAGCUCUCAGUGGCCCAAAAAAUGUAUGAGAAGGCUCUGCAGAUAUCAAAUGAUGUUCAGGGAGAGACUCAUCCACAGACUGUGGUCCUCAUGAAUGACUUAGCAACUGUAUUGGAUGCUCAAGGGCACUAUGAUGAGGCAUACUCUCAUGUGAAGAGGGCAGCUGAACUGGCAAAGGUGACACAACACCCUGAGGAGCACAUGGUGCUGAAUAACCUGGCGGCAAUUCUGAUGCACAAAAAAGACUUUUUGCAAGCAAAACAAGUGUAUAAAGAAGCUCUGAAACAGGCAGAACAGAAGGGAGAUGCUGAUUCUGUCCGGCACAUCCAGGAAGAACUAGCUGAACUGGCCAAGAGGAGAAAAGGCUCCAAGUGAGUUUAGCCAAAGGGCCCAACGCAGCAAUGGUGGGUGAAUACAAGCAGACUGGGACUAAUUUGGUACAAUUCUCCAGAGGAGCAGCAACUAGGAACUUAAGGACAGCUUAAUAAGAAGGGCUGUUAUUGCCUAACCGUUAAGCUCAAAAUAAACUUCUGAAAUCUUAAUAGUA